CGUUAAGAGUGACGACUUCUUCGUGGGUCUUCUCUUCUUGCUCUUUUUAUUUUAUCUCUGUAACCCAAAACGGGUUAUCCUCUGCGUCUUCAAACACUUCUUCAUUCUCUUUGACAAGUUCUUCAUCCCAAAUGGGAUCACAGUCCUCGUCAUCAUAUUCGUCCCAGAUGAUCUUUGGGGUAGUGGGUUGCAUGGUUUUGGUAGCUUGAGAAGAAGGUAGUUCGGACUUAGAAAAAUGGGUAGCAAAGGUCGGAGUUUGAACCAUGAAGAAAGAUGACUCUUCAAGGGUACUUUUGGGGGUUUGUGGUAGGCUUAAAGAUAUGACUUUGGGAACGGAUUGGGGUGGGGACGUUGGACCGGAGUUAGGCGUGUGUUGGGCAUUUUGUGGAGGGAUGAGGGGCAUGGUUUUGGAAGAGUUUGGAGGCAGGGGUAUUGAGAGGGUUUUGGGGUUCUUUUGGGCAGGGGUUAGAGACAAAAAAGAGGUGGUUAUUGAGGAGUAUUGGGGCAUGGGUGUUGAGGUGAUAUUGGGGACAAUCUGGGCAGUAGUUGUGGAAGGGAUAGGUGAAGGGCAAUCAACUACACGACCACCACUUUUUGAUGGAACCAAUUAUACAUAUUGGAAAGAACGAAUGAGAAUCUAUAUUCGUUCCACAAACUUCCAAUUAUGGUUGGUUAUCAAAAACGGGGAAGAGGUGCCGAUGAAGAAAGUUGGCGACAAGUUGAUCCCCAAGAUCGAAGACGAGUUUGAUGCCGAGGACAUCAAAAAGGUCGAGAACUAUGCAAAGGCAAUAAACAUGCUUUAUUGUGCUGUAAAUCCUGAUGACUACCGCAAGAUCUCCUGCUGCUCAACCGCCAAGGAGAUGUGGGAUAAACUUGAGGUGACGUACGAAGGAACGGACCAAGGACGUGAGGCCAAGAUUGACUUCCUCACCCAAGAAUAUGAGAUGUUCAGGAUGAAGGAGCACGAGAAGAUCGACGACAUGUUCGACCGAUUUUCCAAGAUAGUCAACAAUCUUCAUGCAUUGAAGAAGACUUACACCGACAGGGAUCUUGUACGAAAGAUCCUACGGAGCUUGACAUCCGAAUGGCGAUCCAAGGCCGAUGCCAUCUAUGAGUCAAUCGGCAUGUCAAAUGUCACCAUCGACGGUUUAAGAGGUAACUUAAAAACAUAUGAAUCUACUAUACUUAACCCGUCUUUGAAUGAUCAGGGAAAAGGCAUAGCAUUAAAAGCCUCCAAAGAACCGGCAAUGAAUGACUCAAGCGACGAAGAUGAAGUCAAGCUUGUCAUGAAGAAGUUUUGUAAACUUCUAUGGAAGAAAGAGAAAGUUGAGGAUGGCCCUGUGUGCUAUGGAUGUGGUAAAGCUGGGCACAUCAAGAACAAAUGCCCAAGAAGCGAAAGGAAUGCUCCUCACUUCAAAAAGCAAAGAGCAUACAUCUCGUGGGGUGGAGCCUCCGGCGAUGAAUCAAGCGAACAAGAGGGAGAAGAGGAAGCAAAUCUUUGUCUCAUAGCUCAAGAAGAAGAGGAGUCCGCCAACAACGAAAACCAAGAGGUACGUAUUUCUUCUACCGGUUCUUAUUCUCUUGAAGAAAUGCAAGAAGCUAUCCAAGAGCUUUAUGACGAGUUUGUUAGCGCUUCUAAAACCAACAAAGCUUUAAAGAAACGUUUUUCUAGUCUUGAAACUGAGUUUGAAAAACUUCAAAAGGAAAACAAAAAACUAAAAGAGGAAAAUAAAAUUUAUGGUAAAAGAAGCGCCGACAAACCCGAGAGCUCUACAAAACCUUGUGACUCUUGCAUAGCCUUGAAAGAACAAGUUGCUGAAUUAGAAAACACGGUGAAGAAAUUUAAUAAACCACAUAAGGAUCUUAAUCUCAUUUUUGAUUCUAUGCAAUACACUAAACAAGGAAUAGGUUUUGGGAAGAUUGAUGAACCUAGUAAUAAAGAAAACGUUGAGCAAACACCUAGACAACCUUCUAAGGCUCAACGUACGUAUCAAAGUGAGGAACUCAGGGGGAACCAGCGAUGGGUGGUUUAUCCCAUCGCUGGGAAGGAAGUAUUUUCUAACCAGUAGUCCUCUUCCCAUCGAUGGGAACUUCUUCCCAUCGCUGGGUGUUUGACACUUUUUUUUAAAAAAAAUUUAACAGAUUUCCAGUAGCUGUCUUCCCAUGGAUGGGAGAUCCUUACCAUCGCUGGGAAGGCUGCCUUCACUUUUUCCUCCCUUUCCAGCACCUGUCUUCCCAUCGAUGAGAGAACCUUACCAUCGCUGGGAAGCCUGCUGCAGUUCAAAAAUCAUAGCCGUUGGGAACCUCAUUCAAUGCCCAACAGCCAUAUUUUCGAACACCAAGGGCCCAAAUUCUCUUUUCCUAUAAAUAUUAACCAUCCUU